CUUCCUAAAGACUGUCACACAUCUACUCUAACAGAACCAUGAGCUCUCUCUCUCUUUUACAUUCUUGUUUUUUUCCUCCUUAAGCACUCUCAUCACUUUCUAUAAACACUUGAAACAAUACAUUUAUACUCUCUCUCUCUUCUUGUUCUUUUUUUCUGUUAAAUUUUAGAAAAUGGGGUGUUAAUGGUUUACCUAAUCCAUCACCUUACUAAUAGACCAAGAAAUGAGGUAAUGGGGCCUUAAAUCAUGCAGUACUAUAAAUGGUAACAAAAAAAAAUUGAAUCUUGGGAGUUGUAAUACUUCAAAGUUUUGAUUUUUAUGGUUUUAAUGCUAUUCUUGGUUGUGGGGUUGUUGAGAAUUGAAUCUUGAGAGUUGUAAUACUUCAAAGCUUUGAUUUUUAUGGUUUUAAUGCUAUUCUUGGUUGUGGGGUUGUUGAGAAGUUCAAAUCUUGAUUUUGGGGUUGUUGGAAAUGGCAAAUGUAGAUGUGUCUAAUGUGGAUUUAGAAGCUGGCGCCGGAGCCGGUGGACAUAGUCGCCGGUGCUCAGGUAGUGGUAGUAGUGUUUGUUUUUCUGAUGCUGAUGAGGGUUCUUGUUAUUCUCAGUUUUAUUCAACUGCUGAUGGGUCAAAUUAUGAUGAUUAUAGUUUUGCUUGUGCUACUGAGUCUGAAAUAGGGGAAGUUAUGGAGGUGUCAAGGAGAGUUUCAUCUGUGGCUGAGUCUGAUAGAUCAGUGGAUUUGGAAAAUGGAAUUGGUGAAACUAAGUUGCAUGUUGGGAAAAUUGAAAGAGAUUGUAGGAUUUGUCAUCUGAGUUUGGUGAGUUCUGGUCCUGAAUCUGGUUUUGCUAUUGAAUUGGGAUGUUCUUGUAAAGAUGAUUUGGCUGUUGCACAUAGGCAUUGUGCUGAGGCAUGGUUCAAAAUCAAAGGAAAUAAGACUUGUGAAAUAUGCAAUUCUCUCGCACGCAACGUCAUUGGUCCAAAUGAUGUUGAAUCAGCACAGCAAACAAAUGAAUCAAGUGCAGUGGCUACAAGUGCAGCAUCUGCACCAGUAUCAGCAGCUUCAGAAGCUCGAACUUGUUUGAAUGGCCAUCGAUUCUUGAAUUUCCUCUUAGCUUGUAUGGUAUUCGCGUUUGUCAUCUCUUGGCUCUUCCACUUUAACAUUCCAUCAUAGAGGGUAGCGUGGAAAGAGUUCAUGUGCCAUGAAAUUCGAAGGUGAUUGAAGGCUUAAAAAAAAUGGUAACACGUAUUUACGACUAGCUGUGGGAAUAUAUCUAUCUACAGAGCAAUGUUUCAUCUGUCUACUACACCUUAGAUAUAGAGAUCAAUUUGUUAGUUGUGUAUGGUCUAUUUAUAAACUAAUAUUGCCCUUUGAUCUCAUGAAAAUGCCAGCAGUUGUUUUAGUAAAUCCUUUCAUAUUUGAGUCAGUUUCAGUUACA